AGUGAGUUGACAGCUGUGAUGAUGGGGAACAGAAAAUGUCAUCAGUAACUUUUCAUCAAUGACACAAAGCAAACGACCUUUAAACUGGAAUGACAGAAGGCAGCGUUUCAGGAGAGAAAUUGUAGGAGUUUUUCUCAGUUGUUGCUGCCUUGCUGUUUCCCUUGGAGCUGUGUGCUUCACUCCCAGGACCAGUCAGUGAGCUGUUAACUAUCAGCAGUAACAGUGGGGUCGGCUCGGUGCCCGGGAGGUCACGGAGGCCGUGGAGCUGGAUGUAUGAGACGGCUUCAUGGGCCUGAAGGACCAUCUGGAGGAUGGGACAGGCCACAUCCUCAGCCUGGAGCUGGAUCUGGACUACCUCCAUGUGGAAGGUACUGAGCGGCAGGGCGGUCUGAGCUCUGCGACGGCUGCUGGGAAUAUAGGAGUCCUGCAGGUCAGAGCUGGUGCCCCGGGUAACAACAGUAACAGUGCUGGGAGUAGCAGCACUAGUUUUAGUACUCAUUCAAGCUAUAGCAGCAGCAGCAGCUGCAGCAACUUCUCCGAGGAGAGCGCCGUGUCCGACAGUGAAGAUGAACGACUCCAGAAUGGGUCUGAAUCUCAAAAUCCUCAUCAAGAUCAGCCUCACCUACACCACCAAGAGUCCUCCUCCGUCUGUCAGCCAGUCAGGCUGGACCUGACACUAAACCGAUCCCCGAGAGACCCCACACAGCCAGAAACAUCAGCGUCUGCUGACCCCGUCACAGACUGCCGCACCAAGGUGGAGUUCGCCCUCAAGCUGGGCUACCCCGAGGAGCUGGUGCUGCUGGUGCUGAAGAAACUGGGCGCAGGCGCACUUAUCAAUGACGUCCUGGGAGAGCUGGUCAAACUGGGAACCAAGACAGAGAUGGAGCAGCAAGGGGGUCCGACAGUCUCCCAGUCUCCCUCCACCUCUUUGACCUGCUCCUCCUCCUCAUCCUCUUCCUCCUUCAACUCCUCUCUGGACUCCUGUCGCCUGCUGUGUCCGUCCCAGCUGCUGGAGGACAAAGAAAACCUUCGUCCUGUUGUGGUGGACGGGAGCAACGUAGCCAUGAGUCAUGGAAAUAAGGAAGUGUUCUCGUGUCAAGGCAUCCAGCUGGCUGUGGACUGGUUCUUGGAGCGAGGUCACCGUGACAUCACUGUUUUUGUUCCCGCCUGGAGAAAGGAGCAGUCGCGACCUGACGCUCUCAUCACAGACCAAGAGAUCCUACGGCGACUAGAGAAGGAGAAGAUCCUGGUCUUCACACCGUCUCGCCGCGUGCAGGGGCGCCGCGUGGUCUGCUACGAUGACCGCUUCAUCGUCAAACUGGCCUACGAGUCGGACGGCAUCAUUGUUUCCAACGACAACUACCGUGACCUAGCCAAUGAGAAGCCAGAGUGGAAGAAAUUCAUUGAUGAGCGUCUGCUGAUGUACUCCUUUGUAAAUGACAAAUUCAUGCCACCAGAUGACCCACUGGGACGCCAUGGGCCCAGUCUGGAGAACUUUCUGAGGAAGAGGCCUGUUAUUCCUGAACACAGGAAGCAGCCAUGCCCAUAUGGGAAGAAGUGCACAUAUGGUCACAAGUGCAAGUUUUACCACCCUGAAAGGGGCAGCCAGCCCCAGCGUGCCGUGGCUGAUGAGCUCCGUGCCAGUGCCAAAAUUUCAUCAGUAGCUUCCAGAGGCCUGCUGGAAGACGCCCUGAUGAUGAAGAGCCAAAGUUCUGGUCAAGGAACGGCUGAGGCCGAGCCGAGUCGGGGAACUCCAAAGAAACAGCCAAACCCCAGCCCUCGAAGCUCCUUCAGCGACCUCCUGGAGGACCGGCUCCGGGUCCAGUCCAAAGUGGAAGGACGCAGGGGAAGCAACAGCAGCAGCAGCAGCAGCUGCAGCAGCAGCUUUCUGGGGCAUCCUGCUCCGGGGGGGCCCCCUUCAUCGGGAAACCUGGACCCAUGGGAGCACCCUGGGGGAGGUGGUGGGGCCAGUUUCAGGGUUGCUGGAGCCUCGGGACCAAGCCAGGCUGACACUUUCCACAGAUGCGAGUCUCCAGAGCCAGGCUACAGUUCACUGGUGAAGGCCUACUCCAGCCUCAGUCUGGUGGUCCCACAGAGUCCUGAAUGCUUCUUCCCAGCCGACCUGCGAGCUGGAUCGCUGCCGUCAGACUGUAGCAGUGAAGGCAGCGUCAGCUCCGACUCCUUCUCCCCUGACCCUCUGUUAGACGAUGGGCUGAAGUGCCACCAUCACCACCACCAUCCUCAUCACCAUCAUCACUGCUCCGGCCAGUACAACCAUCCUGCGAGCCGUGUCCCCCCUGGACUGGGCCAGUAUGCUCCUCACGGCUAUCCCGUUCCUCAAGCACUGCAGAGACCACAUGGUUUUGGCCUGAAAACCCCUUCACCUCCUGUGACCUCUCAUGCCUCUCCACAUCCUUUCAAACCGCCUUCGGCCUACAUCCCUCCCCACCUUCAGCAUCCAUCGCUGAGCGGUUUCCCAGGGGAAUUCCCAGCUCGCCCACAGUGCCCACCCCAACCGCCCCCUGCUCACUCCCACCCUCGGAGCUCUCCCCUGGGCCGCCAUCUGAUGGGUUCCCUUUGGCAGGAAGGUGGCCUCCAGGACUCCCGAGUGUACGAAGGGUCGCCGCUUCAUUCCAGGAGAAACUACGCCGGGCUAAACCAACAACCACAGCAUCAGACAAACUGGGACCCCCGAUACCAGCAGUCCCCUAAGCCUUGCUACGAUCUGUUCACCUUCCAGAGCCAUCCAGAAGUCCACGAGAAGGAUCGGCACCCUCUUUGGGGCAGGCAGGCCCACUCAUCACCCCGUGGCCUUUCAACAUCAAGUCUUCCUCCGCUCCCGCAGCUUUCCCUUCCGUCCAUCACUCCCCACAAAAGCCACCUGCCCUCACUGCCCCAGCACCAGGAGCCCCCCGCCUUGGGUCGAUACCAGGACCUCAGAGAGAGGAUGUUUGUUAACUUGUGUUGCAUCUUCCCUACAGAUCUGGUGAGGAUGGUGAUGGCCAGAAACCCUCACGUGAUGGAUCCUCAGGAGCUCGCAGCUGCAAUUUUGUUGGAGAAAUCGCAGCACGGGUCUUGAAUGUAGCCGGAGGGUGAAGUUACAGCUUCAUCUUAACCGGGCUCACCUCUGCAGAUGUAUCCCCUGCGAUUAUCUUCAUGAUCGACGUCAGGUUAUGAACACACACAAACCAAAACCACAAGAUAUACGGCUCCUCGAGCUGUUAAUGGACUGCUAAUUUUCACUGCAGGGAAGUUGUCUCAUUAAUUUUAAUGGUAUUUUUUGUAAAGGGAAAUCCUAAAAAUUGCCAUAUUUUUCUAUGAAUAUACCUGCUAUUUCAGCACUUAAGAUCAGGAAAGGUUGGGGUUUAAUGUGCAUGUCUAAACUUUUUUUGUCAAGACACCGGUGUGUUUAGGGAGACUUUUAAUAUGUGUAAAGGGUGACAGUGUUGUUCAUUUGAAAUUAAUUUAUUUGUUACAUUUUAAGUUAUUUAAAAUUAUUCUGUUUUUGGCACUUUUUGUUGUUCCUGUCUUUUUUAUUUUCUUAUUUUAUUUUAUUUUUUCUGGGAGGGGCAAUCAUAUCAGGGUAUAAGUACUGCUUAAAUCCGUAGGUUCCAGCUGAGUGAAAUUGUCCAGUCACUGAGAUGACAACAUGGAGUUAUGUAAAACAAAAAAAAACAAACAAACAAAAGAAUCAAUCGUAAAAUUUCACUGCCACAUUGCAAAAAAAAAAACAAAAGAAAAAACCCCAUUCCUACUGCAUUUAAUGUUCAAAUUAUUUCAACGGACGGAUCGAGGGUUUCUCUAACAGGUGGCAGAUCAGAUGCUGUGGUGACAUUUUGUGGAUUUCCCCCCAAGGGGAAGUGAAACUCUGCGGCACCCGCGAGAGAAGAUCGCAAAAACUCCACCCGAAAACCCCGAGCGGCUGUUUACUUAUGAAUGACAGUUUAUUUCCUUUGCUAGGUUCUGUCAGCUGACUUCACAGUUCAUCAGCUUUCAGUACUGAUUUUUUUCAUAACCCACCCCCUGUUCUUUUCCCUCUUUUAACCGCAUGAAAUUUCUAAGUCAUAUGAAGGUGACUGCUGUUGAGAGCAUCGCCGGAAAUGUUUAGGUGGAAGUGUUGGUUUUAUUUUUUAUUUUAAUGUGAAAUGUGUGUUAAUUUAUUAUUUCUUUUUUAAUGUGUGUGAAUGUGUGUGUGUGUGUGUGUGUUUGCGCGAGACACAGGGUCUCCUUUGACAGAGGGUUCAGCUGCCUCACAUGGGGGGGGGGGGGUAACUUUAAUGUACCCUUCUGUUAAAUACACAGAGAUCCACAAGCUUUGCAGUAUGAGACAGGAACAGUCUGGCAAGAGUUGGGAAACACCUUCUUAUCUUCUGUUACCAAUAUCAUGACAGUGAUCGCCAAUAGAUAUUUUAGUAGUUUUUAGUUCUACAAACUUUUCUUAAAAGGCACUAAUAAUCUCAUUGGUUAAAUUAAAACUCAGCGGUUUGGUGAAGAAACAUCAGAUUGUAAGAGGAGAUACUGAUAACUUAAUAAUGUUCUGUACUACAACUAAAGGUUAUUUUCAUUAUCAGUUUAUUGAUCAAUUCAUCAUAAAAUCUAUAAAAUGUCAAAUCAUAGUAAAAAUA